ACUUAAAAUCUCCCACAGGAAUGUAUUUUUCAUCUUUUACAAGAGGUGUAAGAGAUGAGGCUUGUCAGGAAGAGGUUGACCCAUCACUUCAGGCACUUGAGUCGCGGCAGGAGGAGAUCCUGAAGCGGCUGUACGAACUGAAGAGUGCUGUCGAUGGGCUCUCAAAGAUGAUACAAACCCCAGAUGCUGACUUUGAUGUAACUAAUAUCAUUCAAACUGAUGAGUUUUCUCCUUUGACAACAAGUGGAGCAGAUUUAGAUUUGAUGCUUGGAAAGGAUUAUGGUGCCCUGAAAGAUGUUGUCAUCAAUGCAAAUCCUUCUCUACCUCCACUGUCACUGUUAGUGCUACACAGUUUGCUCUGUGAACGGUAUAAAAUACUGUCAGCUGUUCACACACAUUCAUCAGUGAAAAGUGUGCCAGAAAACCUCUUGAAAUGCUUUGGAGAGCAGACUAAGCAGCAGCCUCGUCAUGAGUAUCAGUUGGGCUUUACUCUCAUUUGGAAAGAUGUUCCCAAACCCCAGAUGAAGUUCAGCAUUCAAACAAUGUGCCCUAUAGAAGGAGAGGGGAACAUCGCUCGGUUUCUCUUUUCCCUGUUUGGCCAGAAGUACAAUGCAGUUACCUCAACCCUGAUUGACAGCUGGGUGGAUACAGCCAUCUUCCAGCUGAGAGAAGGCAGCAGCAAGGAGAGAGGAGCAGUUCUGCGCUCCAUGAACGCUGCCCUGGGCAAGACUUCGUGGCUGGUGGGGAAUGAGCUCACGGUGGCCGACGUCGUGGCCUGGUGUGCCCUGCAGCAGACAGGCAGUGCCAAUGCUGCCCCUGCCAAUGUGCAGAAAUGGAUGAAAUCGUGUGAGAAUUUGGCACCUUUCAGCUCUGUGAUGAAGCUACUCAAGUGAGCCUGCGCUCCUCAUACUGGUGUGAUUUUAAGUCUUACUCCACCUCAUGUCUGCUGUAGUGGUUUGAGUCCUUUCUGGGAUGUAUGUAAGUUCUAAAAUCAAUAAAGCCAUUACAGCUGCC